UAUGACUGUACGACUGUAAUUAUUAUUAUUAUUAUUAUUUUAAACUUUAUUUAUAACAGGACAGUGAAGGUAGUGACAGGAAGCGAGUGGGAGAGAGAGACGGGGAAGGGCCGGCAAAGGACCCGAACCCGGGUCAGCACGACUGUAAUUUUAAAAAGUGCUUCUUGAAUUUGUGAACAUCCAAGACAGACCGAAGAGAUGGCUGCAGGGGGGCUACCCAGUGGAGGUGGUCCUUAUCCUCUAGACCUGAGGAUCGUUCUACUGGGAAACAGAGAAUCUGGGAAGAGCUUAGCUGGAAACACCAUCCUUGGUAGAGAGGAGUUUGACUCCAAUGAGAUAACACUACAGUGUGUGAAGAGACAGGGAGAAGUAGCAGGGAGACCGGUCACUGUGGUGGACACUCCAGGAUGGACUGACUACAAUCUUCUGUUUAGUAAGGACUCACCAAACCUUAUGAAGCAGGAACUAGUGCUCAGCGUCACUCUGUGUCCUCCAGGACCUCAUGCCUUUCUGCUGGUCAUCCAUGAGAACAUGACCUUCACAGAGGCAGAGAAAGAUGCCAUGUCAAACCAUCUUAGUCUUCUGGGUCAUGGAGCCUGGGAACACUCUCUAGUUCUCUUCAUUCAGGAGAAGACUUCAGCAGAAGAGAAAGCCUUUGAGGUGAAAGGGAGAAUGACCCAGAAGCUGGUAGAAAACUGUGGUAACAGGUACCAUGUCCUCAACAUCAAGAGCAAGGAUGAACUGCAAGUCAGUGAGCUACUGGACAAGAUUGAGAAUUUGAUGGAUGCAAACAGCAAUAAUCAUUACGAGAUCAAGAGAGAGAUAAUGGACACAGUUGAAGGGAAGAGAAAAGAGAUUACAGAGAAAGCAAUGCGAGCAAAAGUGGUACCCUCUCAUAAACCAACAUCAGACACAUCACACCUAUCAGACAUCAGAAUUGUUUUACUGGGGUCUGACACUGCUGGGAAGAGCUCAUCAGGAAACACCAUCCUGGGCACAGAGGAGUUCCAGCCUGGGCGGAAAUCUGCUGUCUGUGUGAAGAAGCAGGGAGAGGUAGCAGGCAGACGGGUCACGGUGGUAGACACACCUGGAUGGUCUAGUUGUGAAAUGUCCAAAAGAGCCAUUCAGCUCAGUGCCGGUUUGUGUGACCCAGGUCCCCAUGUGUUCUUAUUGGUGAUACGACCAGAUAUGUCCUUUACUGGGCACCAGCGAUUAUCAGCUCAGCAACAACUGGAGACUCUCAGUGCAGACGUUUGGAGUCACACCGUGGUGUUGUUUACCCAUGGAGACUGGCUGGGAGAGACAACCAUUGAGGAAUACAUAGAGAGUGAAGGAACAGACCUGAAAGGCCUCAUAGAGAGAUGUGGGAACAGAUACCAUCUUCUCAACAACCACAGCAGCACUGACGGCAGGCAGGUGACAGAGCUGCUAGACAAGAUUGAAGACCUGGUGGAAGGAAACAGCGGUCAGCAUUUUCAAGUUAACAAACAAGUGCUGAUGAACUUAGAGGAGAAAUUAAGGACGGACGAAAUCAGAGCAGAGGAGAGGAUAAUCAAGAUGAAGAAACAACAGGACUUGAGUCUGCAAAAAGGUCAAAAACAUCGGUCAUCACUGAGAAUAUUCCUUUUUGGACUUGAGAACACUGACAUGUCUUCAAUAGGAUACACCAUCCUGGGCAAGCAGAUAUUUGAGUUGUGCUCCAUGUCAAAGGGUGAGAAGAGGCAGGGAGAGGUAGCAGGCAGGCAGGUCACCGUGGUUACCACUCCAAGCUGGUGGUGGUAUCAGACACACGCAAAAGCCCAUGUUCCUGCAGUCAUCAAACAGGAAACAAUACUAAGUGUUUCCUUCUGUGAUCCUGGACCACAUGUGCUCUUACUACUCGCACCAGUAGAUUAUGGGUUCCAACAUCAGCACAAUCAAAAUGUAAAGAAUUAUCUGACACUCUUUAGUGAGGAUGUCUGGAAUCACACCAUAGUGCUCUUCACCCAUGGAGACUGGCUGGGAGACACAACCAUUGAGAAAUACAUUGAAAGUGAGGGCGAUGAUCUGAAAUGGCUCAUUGAGAAAUGUAGAGGGAGGUAUCAUGUCUUCAACAACAAAAACAAGAACGGGGACACACAGAUAACAGAGUUGAUGGAGAAGAUAGAUGAGAUGGUGGUAGAAAAUAGGGGCUGUCACUAUGAGAUGGACAGGAAGACACUGGAGGAAGUGAUGAAGAGGAAAGAGGAAAAUGAAUUGCGAGCUACUGCAAGACUGAUGAAAGUGGAGGAGCAAAGACAGCAUUUACAGUCGUUGAUGCGACAAUUACCUUCACAGUCUGAGUUCAGAAUUGUGCUGCUGGGAAACAGGCAGUCUGGGAAAAGUUCAUCAGGAAACACCAUCCUGGGCAGAGAGGAAUUUGACCUGAAGAGAACUGCUCAGUGUGUUAAGAGACAGGGAGAAGUAGCAGGCGGACACCUCACUGUAGUUGAAGCUCCUGGAUGGUGGGUGAAUUAUAUUCUCAAAUACACUCCUGAGCUCACUAAACAGGAGAUUGUGCUCAGUGUGUCUCUGUGUCCUCCAGGGCCCCACAUCUUCCUACUGCAUGUGUCGGUGGGUUCUGCUACUUUACCACAAUACAUAGAAAACACAAUGGAACAUGUCACUUAUCUAGGUGAGGAAGUGUGGAGUCACACCAUGGUGCUGUUUACCAAUGGAGGGUUGCUGAGAGACACACCCAUUGAGCAGUACAUAGAAAGUGAAGAGGCCCUGCAGUCUCUAGUAGAGAAAUGUGGCAACAGAUAUCAUGUCCUCAACAACAAGGACAGAAGUGACUGA